CGACUGCAAGUCCGCCUGGCUCCGAGUCACGUGUCAGUGCCCGAGGCAGAGACUGAGAAUAAAACGCGCUUCAUUCCUUCUUCCACCGCCAUACUGUAUUUUCCUAAAUCUCAUUUUUAUUCCAACAUUUUACUCCCGCUCGGUGAGUACCUUCUCAGUGGCAUUCUUGUCCUAUUCUUUUUUUUUUUGUCCUUUUUUGUUUUUGUUUUUGUUUUUUUCUUCUUUUUUUUUUCUUCCCACUUCUUUGAUUAUUGUUUGUAUUUGGGAAAGCUGACGAGCAUGGUCUUAAGCCUUUUCCUGAAUCAAGUUUUCCUAGCAUGCGAUGGUUCUCUAGACAAGGCGCUGUGUCUGGGAGUCCGCUGUAGCGGUGCCCGCUGCGAGCGGCUCCCAAGUCCAGCAAAAUGUGCAACUGGUUUUAUGGAAAAAGCGUUGUGAAGUAUGGUGCUAUUUUUUCCCUUUGUAAAUAUUAUAAGAAAGCAUGUUUCUAACUCUUUUUUUAUAUACUCUUUUUUUCCGAUUAUAUUUUUGUGUAGGUGGGAUUUUCCAGCAGUGUUCACAAGUUUGUCGUCUUGCAAUUCGGUGCGCACCACUGAGCAAAGACAUUAAUUUUGCAUUUUUAUGACCUUUUUGGAAGCCUGUGAGAAAUAUUUCGUUUUUUCCCCUCCUGUUUUUGAUAUCAGUUGAUAACAUGAAACUUUUCUUGCAGCUAGUUAAUGGGAUUAUUUUUAAGCAAAUGCUUUUUUCCUCCUUUACAUUAACUAUGACUUUUGCACAUUUGACUUUUUUAUUUAAAAAAACGAGAUAAUUUUAUGAUAGAUAUCAUGAUAUCUAUAUCUAUAUUAUCCGUUCUUCCUCCUUCUCCCCUCCCCGUAAAUCAAUUUUCAAAUGAUGGCAGUGGAAGGUUUUUCUGGAAAAAAAAAAUGAAGUGCGGUUUGGUUUCCUUGUCAACGGAGGAUGAAGUGAACAGCACAACAGCUCGCAGAGAGCAGGAUUAAAGCAGGGUGAGCCAACCAUGACCGGCAAAACACAGACCAGCAAUGUUACCAAUAAGAAUGACCCCAAGUCCAUCAACUCCAGGGUUUUCAUCGGCAAUUUAAACACAGCCAUCGUCAAAAAGGUCGACAUUGAAGCUAUAUUUUCAAAGUAUGGGAAAAUUGUUGGCUGCUCCGUUCACAAAGGGUAUGCUUUUGUCCAGUACAUGAGUGAGCGCCAUGCAAGAGCUGCGGUGGCUGGAGAAAAUGCCAGGGUCAUCGCAGGCCAGCCUCUUGAUAUUAACAUGGCAGGGGAACCCAAACCAUACCGACCAAAGCCUGGAAACAAGAGGCCAUUGUCUGCUCUUUAUAGGCUUGAAUCAAAGGAGCCAUUCCUGUCUGUUGGUGGUUAUGUCUUUGACUAUGAUUACUACAGAGAUGAUUUCUACAAUCGGCUGUUUGAUUACCAUGGGCGUGUGCCUCCACCUCCUCGAGCUGUCAUUCCAUUGAAGCGUCCCAGAGUGGCUGUCACCACCACACGUAGAGGGAAAGGCGUGUUUUCCAUGAAAGGGGGGUCCAGGUCUACUGUUGGUGGGUCAUCUUCAUCAGGCUCUAAAUUGAAAUCAGAUGAGUUACAGACAAUCAAGAAAGAAUUAACCCAGAUCAAAACUAAAAUUGACUCCUUGCUAGGGCGCCUGGAGAAGAUUGAGAAGCAGCAGAAGGCAGAGGCAGUUUCUACAGAUAAAGUGAUCUGAAGUUGUACACAAUAUUAUAAGAGAAGAAAAGGAAACUGUGACCUGCAGAGAAUGUGAAAGGUGGUUUCGUUCUGAACAGCAGCACCUCCGAUUCAAUUUAUACAAAAGACCCAGUCAUAUGGACAGUGUUGUUCACUUUUAGACAUACCAUUCUUCUGUGUUGCAAGCUGUAUAAUUGUUGUUUUAUUGUUUACAUUGUAAAUGUGUUUUCCCUCUUACAAAUUAUGUUUUUAAGUAUUAAAGUGUGAAGGACAUUAAUGAAUGGUGAGAGAGACACUGUAUACAAAUGUAUAUUUGUAAAAGCUAUUUUUAUGAUUAGCAUGUGUCAUUGUUGAUCACAUAGUCAAAUGGUAUUGUAAUCCUACAUUUAAAGCUUGUUUCCCACUAUGUCAUAUGGAGAAUAUACACUGUAUGCUAGUUUUUAUAAUUUAUUUUCAAUUUAUAGUUUAAAGUACCUUAGACCACAAGGGAAACUAUUUGAAAAGACUAUAUUUCUGCCCUAUAUAAGCACCAUUUUAUUAAUAAAAGAAUGCAGUUAUUUGAGAAGUGAUGCAACUGUUUAAGGACUUUGGUUUGACACGUGAGCAUGCUUGGCACUAUUGAGCUGAAAUGAUCCAAUCAUCACCUAUUACUUGAGACUGAUUGUGAGAUUCUUUGGACAGUUUUCAGGACUUGGACUGAUGAGAGUAGAUUAAUAAGGAAAAGAUUGUCUUGUCCUGGUAUCCAAAAGUUUCAGUUAGUGCACACACCCCUCCAUUUCAUCUCCUAGUCCUCAGAAUCCUCCAUUCCCAAGCAUUGUGUUUUCCAAAUACUCUUGGCUAUUGUCUUGUGCAGGGGAAAUGGAAGAGACCAUCCCCACAGGCUGUAGGCACAUUCAGCACAUAAUUUCUUAAUAAAUACUGGUUCUUUUAAAACAAA